CUAGCUUCCUUCAUUAGACCUACUAAACCCUCCUAGCUCACUCUCGCCAGCACUAGCUAGCUAGCUUAGCCGGCAGCAAUGGCGUCCAGGACCUCGGCGGCGUGCCUGCUGGCGCUGCUGGUGGCCAGCACGUUCCUGGCCGGCGACGCGUGCAACAGCUGCAAGCACCACACCCCUCCCCCGGCGUCCCCGUCCCCGCCCCCGCCAGCGCCUGCUACCCCGACGCCAUGCCCGCCACCGCCGUCAUCGGGCGGCACGGGGUACUGCCCCACGGACACACUGAAGCUGGGCGCCUGCGCCAACGUGCUGGGCCUAGUGAGCGCGGGCGUCGGCACCGCCCCCAGCGGCGGCGGCGACAAGUGCUGCAGCCUCCUCGGCGGCCUGGCCGACCUUGAGGCCGCCGUGUGCCUCUGCACCGCGCUCAAGGCCAACGUCCUCGGCAUCGUCCUCAACAUCCCCAUCAAGCUCAGCCUCCUCCUCAACUACUGCGGCAAGACCGCCCCCAAGGGCUUCCAGUGCGCUUAAUUCAUCAGCAAAUCGUCCAUCACUCAGCGCAUGCAUGCAUCGUCAGUGCAUCCGUUAUUUUAGUUGUUCAUUCCAAAUUUGAUUUCAUCAUGCAAUAAUAUAUCGGUCGGUUGUUAAGUAGUUUUUCUUGCGUGUGUUAAUUUAUAUGCACUGGUUUGGUGAGAUUAAUUUGUCUUAGUUUGGCUGUGUCGUACUACAAGAGAUACAUACGAUUGGGUGUGCGUGUGUGAAUGAACAGUAAUUUGAUUAAGCAUGUGUAACACUUGUAUUUGUUUGAUGAAAUGUAAUUUGCAGAAUAUUCAUUCAUUA